AUGUCCACCUAUCUCGACCCGCGUUUCUCUUAUGUGCCGGAUCUUCUUAUGAGAGUACGCUGGACAGAAAUCGAAGAAUCAAUUGCGCUUUAUUCUGAGUCAUUGAUUAUUGUGCCCACAUCAGCACAGCCCCCAGUUCCAAAAAAAGCACACGUUGAAGAGUCUAGUUAUGCGAAAUUUGUGCAAUCCAAGAGACUAUCAGUCGGGGGAAGUAGCAUCCAGGCGGAAAUGGCGAGCUACAAGGCACUUGUGGUUGCUGGAAGACCAGCCUUGGAUUCUGACCCAGUUACUUUUUGGAGAGCUCACAGAGAUAGAUUCCCGCUUCUUCAAAGAAUCGCUCUGCAUUUCCUCUCGCCCACGCAGUCUAUCCCUCGUCUCAACUGCGCCACAAUCACUUCAUCCCAAUGUAACUCGCCAACAUGGCGUGUGAUCAUCGCUCAAGACUGCCCAGCAUCUUGUGGAUUCUGCAACGAAGGAGGAUGUGUGGACGCUGUCACCAACUGUGAGACAGACCUUUCCAUCUGUACCACUGUUGGCAUGCAAGACUUUGUCAAUACAUACUGUCAAAGGACCUGCAAUAGAUGUCCAUCCACCACUGCUGCUUCUGGUAUCGUAACCUCUACAGGAUCAUCCACUGUAACAUGCACAUCAUAUAUCGCUGACACUACCACUCAAUGUGCCGCCUGGGCCGCUAAUGGAUUCUGCACUAACACCUUCUACACAUCGGCUCAACGCAGAGCGAGAUGUGCAACUACUUGUAGAAUUUGCUAA